AUGCGGGAUGUUGCCGGCAGACAGUGGCCCAACUUGGCUGAGCGAGUGAAGGGCGAGCUUUGGGAUUUCUACAGACUACAGGCCGGGAUGGACGCGCAGGCGGAUGUGGUUGCCGAGUAUCGCUGCAAAAAGCUCGUUACCGACAUGUUCUACGAGCAGCGCCUCCAGUCAAUCAUCAACUACCACGCCGUCGUCCUUGGACAGAAGGUCACCAAGGCGCAAGCAAGAACUAUGACGUUGACUGAGGAGCAGUACUUGCAGAUGGUUCCUCAUUGGUGUGCCCACUUUCCUGAGUGCUGGCAGCAGAUAGUUGCUAAGUGGUUAUCCGACGACUGGAACGCUGUGCACCAGGAGCGUCGUGAGCACCGUCUGACUAUGGCCGGUGUGCCACACCACCAAGGCAACCGUAACCUGACCGAGUACGCCCAAGCAUGGUCGGCGGCACAUGGAGGGCAGCAGUGCAACAAAUUCAUGGCGUAUGCUCUAUCCCACAAGGGUAAAGCGACAUCCAGCGUCAGCUACAACGCGGAGGACGGGCCCGAGGCGUACAGCAACCCGAGCAUCUAUACUCGCCUCAAUGAGUACACAUCGAUGGCGAGGGAGGUGCACGGCCAAGAGUACGAUCCGACCCAGGAGGAUCUUGACGCUGAAAUUGUCAUGAAGGUCGGAGGAGGAAAGAAGCAUGGACGGUACUGGAUUUGCGACGGCGCGAUCGACUCCUCUUCUACUCCGACUCUAUCUCAGAUAAAAGCACGGCAAACGAGCUCGAGCGCAGGCAUCCGACCUCGUCCGGACAGUUCGACGAGCCAAGUCCAGGCACUCCAGGUUGUUGCUUGUUCAUACGUUUUUUAUCUAUUAUAUUACAUAACUUAG